AAAACAGAACGCGGGCAGGCCUAUAUAAUAGAAGCCGAGAAAAGGUUACGUAGAAUCUCUGCAGCACACACCAGAGACAAAGCAUUAAUUUUACCUGACAAGGGCUACAUCCCCAAAAAGCAGACAUGCACUUGAAGUCAUGCGAUUCGUGCCACCUGGUAUUCUUGUUUUGCAUUCUUGUGAGGAGCUGCCAAGCGUUCAAAAAUGAUGCUACGGAGAUCCUAUACUCGCACGUGGGUAACCCGGUGCAGGAUACUCCUAACAACGUCUCUUUAAAUCGAGCACGAAACGGUGGGAGAGGCGCGGGAAAUACUGCUCGGAAUGAUAGAGUUGAUCAGAAAAACCAAGUUGGCUGUCGAGAGCUGAGGUCCACCAAGUACAUCUCUGAUGGCCAGUGCACCAGCAUCAACCCCAUCAAGGAGCUGGUGUGUGCUGGCGAGUGCCUCCCUGCUCAGAUGCUGCCCAACUGGAUUGGCGGUGGUUAUGGCAGAAACGUUUGGAGCCGGAGGACCAAUCAGGACUGGCGUUGUGUCAACGACAAGACACGCACCCAGCGCAUACAGCUGCAGUGCCAGGACGGAAGCACCAGAACGUACAAAAUCACAGUAGUCACCUCGUGCAAAUGUAAGAGGUACUCCCGGCAACAUAACGAAUCGAGCCACGUUAAGUUUGAGGAGCCCCUGUCCAAGCCCCAGCUCCUCCAGAAACACAAAGCCAAGGCCAAGAGGAGACUAGGAAAGAUCAAGCUGAGUGAGAACUGGCAUGAAGCAGAGCCUUAAUGUGGGAAUGUAGAAGGCCUCAGUGACUUGGAUUAUAUCUUACUGGGACUGGCUUGUUGUAAGAAGGACCACAGUGCCUGAAAAUGUGGCCUGCCUCAUCUGUGAACAAAUGGGCACCAUUUAUUCGUUAGCUGAUAAUAUGGCUUAGAGGAUAUAAACCUGAAUGGGGUCAUCAUGACCAAUGACCCUGCCUGGAACAGAGAUUGUGUCUGACUAUGUAAACUUCCUCUCCACUCCAUCAUUCAGUUUUACAGACAGUACAGUGUAAUAAAAUAAGCUCUGCAUGAAAAGGGAUGUUCAACACAAAGCACCAUGAAUACACAAUGUAAAUAUAUGUACAUAUAUAGUAUCAUUAUUACAUGUUCUAUGAAGUAUAACAUAUGUAUAAAUGUUUUCUAAGAUGUAUAUGAUGUCAUAUAUGGGUGAUUCCUCAUUAAGGUAAACCUAAGCAUCACAAAAUAAAACGAAUCAUUUCCACAUAAAACAGUGCUUCUUAUUAUUAUACAGUCUAUGUUUUGGAGUCCACACUUUAUGUGUAGGAAACUGCAUGAAUAUCAAAUAGAUGGCUAUGCCUAAUAUAGGGUAUUUUGGUCAACUGUAUUUGGCUUUUAAAAGGGCUUUUUCACCCAAAUCUUUCUUGUGUAAGAAUUUCGAUGGUACCGUAGAAAUACAGACCAAAUGUAAACUUUUUGUGUAAGACCUGGUUUGUUACUUGCCAACAAAUGUUUGUAUUUUUUAUCUCAUUAGCUUCAAUCUUUAUCUCAACUAAAGUUUUC